GGCUUCACAAGAUGGCGGCGCUCUGGGAGCGUAGCAUCUGCGUUUCUAGGCGCUUCGCUGUGUGAGUGGGUUAGGAUCCUGCGUUUGUGCGGAGCCCAGCCAUACACGCCGUCCGGCUCCUACACUGGCAUACGAGAUGGCUCUAAGCAAAUCAAUGCACGCAAGAAACAGAUACAAGGACAAGCCACCUGACUUUGCAUAUCUGGCAUCCAAAUAUCCAGAUUUUAAGCAGCAUAUUCAAAUAAAUCUGAAUGGGAGAGUAAGUCUUAAUUUCAAAGACCCUGAAGCAGUCAGAGCCCUAACUUGUACUCUUCUAAGAGAAGAUUUUGGACUUUCUAUUGAUAUUCCUUUGGAGAGACUAAUUCCCACGGUUCCCUUGAGACUCAACUAUAUUCACUGGGUAGAGGAUCUGAUUGGUCACCAGGAUUCUGACAAAAGUACUCUCCGAAGAGGAAUUGACAUAGGUACUGGAGCGUCCUGCAUCUACCCGUUACUUGGAGCAACCCUAAAUGGCUGGUACUUUCUGGCGACAGAAGUGGAUGAUGUGUGCUUCAGUUAUGCCACGAAAAACGUGGAGCAGAAUAACCUCUCUGGCCUCAUUAAAGUGGUAAAAGUGCCACAGAAGACACUCUUAAUGGAUGCGCUUAAAGAAGAGUCUGAGAUCAUCUAUGAUUUCUGCAUGUGCAACCCUCCCUUUUUUGCUAACGAGUUGGAAGCCCAGGGUGUAAACUCUCGGAAUUCUCGAAGACCUCCACCUAGUUCCGUAAAUACAGGAGGCAUCACGGAAAUCAUGGCAGAAGGAGGUGAACUAGAAUUUGUUAAAAGGAUAAUCCAUGACAGUUUAAAACUUAAAAAAAGAUUACGGUGGUACAGCUGUAUGCUGGGGAAGAAAUGCAGUCUGGCCCCUCUGAAGGAAGAGCUCAGAACCCAAGGGGUUCGUAAAGUCACCUUCACGGAGUUCUGUCAAGGCCGGACAAUGAGAUGGGCCUUAGCUUGGAGUUUUUAUGAUGAUGUCACAGUACCGUCACCUCCAAGUAAACGAAGAAAAUUAGAAAAGCCACGGAAACCCAUUACAUUUGUGGUGUUGGAGUCUGUGAUGAAAGAAUUAUCCCUCAAAGCCUCGUCUUUGGGCUCUGAGACAGUAGAAGGCAUAGUAGUUGUGACAACAUGGAUAGAAAAAAUUCUCACUGAUCUGAAGGUUCACCAUAAACGAAUUCCGUGUGGAAAAGAAGAAGUUAGCCUUUUCCUGACAGCCAUAGAAAACUCUUGGAUUCAUUUAAGGCGGAAGAAAAGAGAGCGAGUGAGACAGCUGAGAGAGGUUCCCCGAGCUCCCGAGGACGUUAUCCUAGCCCUGGAGGAGAGGAAGUCCACUUCCAAAGAGCUGAGUGGUAGCCAGGACGUGGCUCCGUGCUCCCACGAGAGUGCCUUGUGCGGGCUUGCCGUACCAGAAGGCGAAUCUGCCACUAUUGGUGGCCAUUGCCUCAGCCAGGAGUCACUUUGCCAGGAGGAAACUCUAGAAGCCAUGGAGGAUGAAAGGAGUGAGGAAAGGGGAGGGAUGGAGACCAUGGAAAGUUGUAAAGGCUCUAGCAAUGGAGCCCAAGCCCGAGAGGCUUCUGAGAAGGCAGACGGCCUGGACGGAGCAGCUACACGUUACCUGUUUAAGUGCCUGAUCAACAUUAAGAAGGAAGUAGAUGGCGCCGUAGUUGAAAUGCAUUGGGUUGAGGGCCAGAACAGGGAUUUGAUGAAUCAGCUUUGUACCUACAUACGUAACCAAAUGCUGAGGCUUGUUGGGGUAGUUAAUUCUUAAUUUCUUCCACGGUUAGAAAAGUGUCUGUAUAAAGCUAAGGAUAUGGUGCAAUGACCGUAUGUGCUUAGUGUGCAGAAGCUACCCUGGGUUGUGUCCCUAACAUCUAACAUCAGUACAAAAAAGUCUAUAAAGUAACUUUGGAAGUGGAGCCUAUUGGGAAGCCAGAGGAAUUUCACUACUGGUCCUUUAGUGACACCAUGUGGAAUCAUGUUACAAAGCAGAAAUUUAGUACACUUAUCCCGGUACUUGAAGGCUGAGGCAGGGUGACUGCUCUGAGUUUAGGGUCAGCCUAUGCCAUAGAGAAAGACACUUGUCUAAAUAAAAAGAAAAAAGGAAAGCAGAAAUGAAUCCAUUUUUAACCCUUCCCCUCUUAAAGUGAUCUGGAGUUGUGUGUUUGGUGCAGUGGCUCAGGAGUUUAUCUGCUAGUGACUAUUGCUAGCAGAUAAACUCAAGAGGAACUUGGAACCUCCUCCAGCAGUUUGUCUCAGCCUUGAACUCAUUCCCUGAGGCCAGAGGUGUUGUUUGUGACUGCUGCCUGGAAUGUGUCCAUCUGUUGGGUUGAUUGGUGAAGAGGGUUUCAGUGUUCUCCAAUGGAGGCCAUACAGCAGAGCCGAGCCUGGCAGUGCUCAUGUUUGCCUUCAAGACACUGCUUUCUUCGGUACCUAGAGUUGAUUGUGCCAGCCCUCAGGAAGGAGCUGCCCUGCUGAUAGGUGGCCAGAAUGUCAGGUGAAGAAAGGGCCAGUCUGGGAACACAUGAUAAGAGUGCAUUGCUCAGUUGCUGCGGUUCUGACAUUGCCUAUUCCAGAGCAGAAUUGAGGAAGCAGAGUCGGAGAUGUGUCUGAGGCACAUCAAAGUGUACCUGUCCCCUCCUACAGUGUUGUUCUUUGGUAAUGUGCUGCUUUUUAUUGACAUGUGAAAUGGAAUAUGUUUUGUUUUUAAUACAAGACUUCAGAAUUGAAAACUAUUGAUUCUGUUUGAGUCCUGGAAUUGAGAUAUUUUGUUGUGUUUGAGUUGGGUAAACAGUUGAUAUGACAAACAAGAAACGGGGGUCCUCUGUGUACUCAGUAGGGUGUGGGGUGGAUUGGUAGGUAGAGCACUCAUCUACAUCCGUGAAGGUCCUGGAACUCGCUUUGUAGACCAGGCUGGCCUUGAACUCAAAGAGAUCUGCCUGCCUCUCUCUCCCAAGUGCUGGGAUUAAAGUCUUGAGUCACCACUGCUCCUGGAUUAUAUAUUCAACACCAGAGAAAAACAGAUACCGGUGUGGUGUAAAGUGGAGCCUUCUAUGUGGCCAGCUAAUUUGUUGGCCAAAUCCUACUUUUUUUGUGGCUUUUCUCUGUCUGCUUAUCUGCUUAUCCAAGGCCAGGGUAACAGUGUCUGAAACUAAUUUCUAAUGGGAAUGCUGGGGUUUUGCAGAUACUUCUGGAAGAGGCUCAUUUUUGUUCUUUUCGUGUCUCAGAAAUUGUCUUUUGUGCUGGAUUCUUGACUAAGCAGCCUAGGGUUCUAUAUGGACAGACUGGUAUAGAGCCUGAGCUCUUUGGCACCCAUAAAGACUGGUGCUGAGUAGUUAAGUUCCCAUUUUGAGAGGUGGCUAUGAUUAGAUCAGAAAGCUGGUGCUGUGGCAUAACUUAAUGGCAGCUGGGUCAGGCUGUUGGCAAAAGUAUAAGAAAAUGCAAAUAAUGCAAUGGGGUUGAAAAUUGGGAAAGAACAUGUAGCUGUAGUCUUUCAGAGACUCCUAGGAGCAUGUUCUCCCCACCCCCUACCCCUGGGGAUCUGUCCGUAAUAUAGUGAUUAGAGACUAAGGAGAAGCACUGAUCUAAUCCUCCCAUUCAUCUGGCAGCAUGAAGAAACCAGUGUUCAGGGUCACAAACUGCACCCAGAUUGGAUCUAGGGCCUUAGAUUGCCUGCAUCCAGUAAUUAUGUCUGUGUCAGGGUAUGUGUCUGUGAAUGCAGUUGCCUGCAGAGGGAUCAGAUCUCUUGGAGCUGAAGUUACAGGCAGUUGUGAGCUACCAGAUUUGGAUGCUGGGAACCAAACUUGGGUCCUCUGCAAGAAUAACCCAUGCUUUUAACCAUUGAGCCAUCUCCCCAGCCAUAGCUGUUGUCUUUGAGUCAUGGUCUUAUGUAGCCGCAGACUUGGUGUGUAAUUGAGGAUGAAUUUAAUGUCAUUUUCCUCCAGUAUCUCUAUCUUGAGUGCUGGGAUUAUAACUCUGAUUUAUGUGGUACAAAUGAUCAAUUAGUUGAGCCGAGGACUCCCUGUGUGCUGGACAGAUGCUUUGCCAACUGAACUACAACCACAAUAAGAUGAUAUUGAAAUCAUCUUUUUCAUUGAAAACACUUUAAAGGGACAUAUUAUACAUGUGCUUUAUAAUUGAAGGGAAGCUUUUUAAAGAAAUUGGUUUCUCACAUGUCACAGGAUUGAGUGGCGUUCUGUUUAAGUGUCUGGAGGUCAAGUUUGUGUUGGUGUUGGUGGUUUGAUAUGAAAUUAAAUCUCUGCGGUAUUGUCUAAAGUUCUAUUCUGGUCCCUGGUUGGCUUCUGAUCCCCUGAUAGCUGAAGUGGAACAGAAACUGUACUUGUUUUCCAGUGUGAGGUAAGGAAGGCGCUUGUGUUUAGAAUCUGCUCCAGUUUUAUCGGUUUGCUUUCCUGUGUUCAGCUGUUCUCACACUAGGGCUUUGCUAUACUUUAAGUCCAAGCUGGCAGCUCCGAGGAGGAGUUUUAGCCAACCUCAAGGGGUCUGGUCUGUUACUAUAUUUUAGAAAACAAAAUCUCCCUGGUGGAAAUCAAGGCUUCUGGUGUCUGUCAGGAAUAAUCAUAUGGCCAGAUGUGGAAAAAAAUGUAAAAAUCACAUACAGAAGACAUCAAAGCCAUUUUAUUUUGUUUUGUUUUUUGAAGUAGGGUCUCAUUCAUGCAGCUCAGGCUGGGCUUGAACUUUUAAGGUAGCCAAGGUUGGCAUUGAAUUAACUCCUGGUUCUCCUGCCUCCACCUCCUCAGUUCCUGGGAUUGCCAAUGGUUGCCUCCAUACCUGGCUUUAUGUGCUACUGGAGUUGAACUCAGGGCUAAAGGGCAGGCACUGUAACAGUUGAGCUACAUGCUAGGACUCCCUCUUCCCACUUUGAAAAGAAGGAAGUGAAUGCUGGGUGUGGUGUCCCCAUCUGUAAUCUCAGCAUUUGGGAGGUGGAAGAAGGAGGACCAGGAGUUUAAGACUGAGUUCGCAAUUGGUCUUGUCUACAUUGUGAGUUCAGGGCCAGAGGGAGUUGUGUGAGACCUGUCUCAGGGAGAAGCGCGGAAAGACAGACUGUGGGAGCCCUUUGGUCUUUUUAACUUGCAGCACUUUCUUUUGGAGCCACACGGGGGCACCUUCAGCCCCUUCAAUUGAAAAAUUGAACUUCAGUUGAACUUCAUUGUGGGAAUGGAUGAUUGUAUCUAUAGAAUUUUCUAGAAAUACUCAGUUAUAUCCAGACAAAUAUUUAUGACGGUACAUUUUCACUUAAAAUUUUUAAAAUGGAAGUAUAAGGGAGAAAAAAAAACCCUACUAACACUUUUUAUGCCCCCCACCCCCACCCCCAAACUCACAGAGAUCUGCCUGCCUGUGCCAAUACCACCCGGCUGUUUUAUGUUUUUUAUUGUCUCAACUGACGAGGUUUUCUUCACAUCCGUCUACUGUAGAAUAUACUCAUUAGGCCUGUCCUUUGGAUCUUUUGUUUGUUUCUCAAGCUUUAUGUUUCAGGUCUGGUAAGAGAUCUAGAAAAAUGCAUUUUCAUCUUGCUUUGUCUUUGAUCUUGGUGGCAGACUAACAUCCAUGUGAUGAAUUAUUUAUAUGAAUAGUUGUGAGGGUUUAUAUAAACUAGCUGGGCCUUAUUUCUUAAGUAGGCUGUUUCUGUAUAGAUUAGAACAUGCAUAUGGCUAACCCUGUAUGGCUGAGGCUCAAGAAGAAGUACUCUCUGUUUAUUCUAUGGUACAAGGUCAGGAUCUGCAGUGACCCUUCUACCCCAUUUGCAAAACUUCAGUUAUUGUUCUUUGAGCAAAGAUGCGUCUCAGAGGUGCCCUAAAGAAAGGGACAUGACUUCACUGUUCUCAGGGGACUUGCUGCUCAGGAGAUUUUAUUUGCUGAAUGGCCAUCACCUCAGUAAAGUGCUGUCGUAGUCACUAAUAGGGUUUUGCCUCUUGAAGGAGGGCAUUAAUGGUUUUGAAAGAUGCUAAUCAUCCCAUGUGCCUAGUGUAAGUACCACUGCAGUUUGUUAAAAAGCCUGGCUCAGGGCACCCGUAGCCAUAGAACUUACACAUGCCUGAGAUACUAUUCUGUUCUGGAAAGAUCUGCUAUGACUCACUCAAAUGACUAAAACAGCGGUUCAUUUCUUUAAUUGCUGGUUGGAACAGCUAAUGCUGCCUUUGUGAGUCUGUGCUUUUACUCUGGAAAACUAUGUUGUGACUGAAUGAAGACCUGUACCUCUUUGAGAUGUAGCCCAUCUGCCUGUCUCGGUCCAAGCAGAAAUCUCAGAACUUCUAGGCUCUAUCUUUAGGAGGUAGAGGAUCAUGGGUGCUCCUUAGCAACAGGGAAACUGAACAAGAGAAGAAGGUAGGGGGCAGAAGUUCAGCUAGCUACACUUGACAGUAGCUUGGAGCCAAUGCUUAGAAGAGGGCAGCAUGUACUCCAGGUACUGUUUACCCCGGGGCAGUGAACAGUGGGAGAGAGCACAGGCUUUGCGGCUCAUCAGCCCUGGGUUUGCAUGCUAUUCCACUCCUUGUAUAGGACCCCAGUCCGACUGGGCUGGCCUUGGGAGAACUGAGGGUGAGUGAGAAGUGUGAGAUCUAGGGGAGUUCAGAAACAGAGCGACACUUGUAACAUGCCUUCUCUCCUUAAUUUGUAAAGAAUUUUAGAGUUUUGGUCAGAAAGCCACCUGCCAUUGGACUCAAUUGAGAAGGUUAAGGCCUUGAUUAAAUCUAUAGGGGCAGGUAGGCAGAUGUAGAGUACUACCUAUUAACCAAAAUAAAAGCCAACCUCUGUGUAAUGGAAACAUUAGGAACUGACCAUUGGCAGUUUGUCUUUUACAGAGAUUGUCUCAUUUAGUAACCCUAUUAGCUGAUGCAGUAUUGUUGUGUAAGAGCUGAAGGCAAUGGAACCUUCUAAAGCUUAAGUGACUAAUGUUCUUCACCGAGCAAAGGUACGGAGGCAGGGUUUGAACUUGGGUCCAAGUAGCUAAGGCUGAGCUCUAGUGCCAAAUCUAGAAAAUCAU